AAUAAGUGAUUUUUUCCCCAUUUUCUUAGCUCAUUCAUGCCCACCCUCUCUCUAUAUAUACUCCUAUCUUUUUUUUCUUCGGUUUCCAACCCGCCACCCUCCUCCGCCGCCGGCCGGCAACCGCCACCCCAUUUCUCUAAGAGGUUAAAAACAAUUCAAUCCCUAUAACAACAGUUUAAAAUGACUAGCGUUGAUGGUUUCGCGGGUGCGACAGCGCCGCCGUCGGCGGCGGCGCGGUCGCCGUGGCACUCGCCGGUGCCGUAUCUCUUCGGCGGCUUGGCAGCCAUGUUGGGUCUCAUUGCUUUCGCUCUCCUACUGCUUGCUUGCUCCUACUGGCGGCUCUCUGGCUACCUCGAAAACGACGGAAACGAAAACAACGAUAGCGUCGACAUCGAGGCCGGCGGCGGCGGCGCGCCGCCGGUGUUCGACGAGAAGCUGUUAGUGAUCAUGGCCGGGCAGGUGAAGCCGACGUUCUUGGCGACGGCGGUGGCGUUCAGAACGUCGUCGUUUGGGAGUAGCAGUAGUAGUAGUAGUACGCAGAGCAGCGAAAGUUGUACCGCGGGGGGAGAAGAUCAGGAGAAGGAAUAAUCUUGUGGAAAUGGUUAGUUUGGAGGGCCCAAUGGACAGCAUAUUUUGUAAUUGUAUGCUUUUUUUAAAAUUAUUAUGGAGUAAAAUUCUUUUUAUAUUUCCAUUGCUUUUUCCCCCCUUUUAAGAGUUUUUACCCAAAUUAUUUUAAUCAAAUUGUCCGUUUUGACUUUUGAGCAUGUUUAAGGAAAAGAAAAAAUAAAAUUGAUUUUUCAAAAUUGUCAUUACUUUUGUGAGGGGUGACGAUGAAUUAGAAGAUAAAGUAAAAAAGAGUGACUUAU